AUGGGAUCAAAAUGCUUGGCAACUGGCAUGUACUUACGAUGGUUGUGGUGUCCCAGGACCAUGUGAUCCCCUUUUGCGACCUCCUAACAAGCAAAGUCAACGGAGAAGCCAGAUUCGCUUAACAACCAGGUUAACUAACUUAACAACUUCAACUCUAGUGAGCGCUGCAGUUGACCCAAAAUUGGGACGUGGGUUGACAGACUGAACAGAAGAGCUAAGCCCUCUUCCACCCUGACUUAACUGUGAUGCUUCCUUUACAGUCUGAUGGGACCAUCCUGGCAAUUAUCUUGCUGAUCCUCUUCAUUCUUUUGGCUCUGGCUCUUCUGUGGUGGUUCUGGCCACUUUGCUGUACUGUGAUUAUUAAAGAGCCCCCGCCACCCCCCAUGGAAGACAGCGAGGAGGAAGAUGAUGAUGGACUUCCCAAGAAGAAGUGGCCAACGGUGGAUGCUUCCUAUUAUGGUGGGCGUGGAGUUGGAGGCAUUAAGCGGAUGGAGGUUCGGUGGGGAGAAAAGGGAUCGACCGAAGAAGGGGCAAAGCUGGAGAAGGCCAAGAAUGCCCGAGUCAAGAUGCCAGAACAAGAGUACGAAUUCCCAGAGCCAAGGAGUCUCGGAAAUGGCAUACGCAGGUCCUCCUCACCCCACAAGUGGUAUUCGCCUAUCAAGGGAAAGCUGGAUGCCCUCUGGGUUCUUCUGAGGAAAGGCUACGACCGGGUGUCCGUCAUGCGACCACAGCCAGGAGACAAGGGACGCUGCAUUAACUUCACUCGAGUGAAGACCUCCCAGGCGCCGCCCAAGUACCCACUCAACAACACCUACCACCCUCCAUCCCCACCCCCCGCCCCUGCUUACAACCCUCCACCCCUUGCCCCCAUUUACACCCCACCCUCCCCAAGCUCACCCACGCCCCCCACCCCUUCCCCACCUUCCACGCUGCUUCCACCCGCUCCUCAUGCUCCUCCCCCCAACCGGGCCCCUCCCCCUUCCCGCCCCCCUCCUCGCCCUUCUGUCUAAAGGCCAAGCCGCUCUCCCCCAGAAGCAUUUCUUCAGCCAUUUUCCCCAGGACUGUUUCAAUUCCAUUAACAGAAGUGGCCUUUGCGUUCUGGGCAACGAAAAGAAGAAACUGCUUUUAUCGUUACUUUAAAAAAAAAAACAACAACAGAAAACCCUGAUGCCUCAACUGGACCAGAAAUCUCAAAUCAUCUGUUUUCAGUUCCAAAAGAAUCUUUGCAAUUCAUAGGAAGGAAGGAAGGAAGGAAGGAAGGAAGGAAGGAAGGAAGGAAGGAAGGAAGGACGGAAGGAAGACUGCAGGAUAAAGAUGGGAGAGAAUGCAUCACUGGGCAAAGCCAUUAGUCCCUGGAAAAUGGCUUUCUCCAUAAAUUAGUGGUGGGAAUGUCUGCAAAAGAUCCUUCUUGUGAUCGCAGAAUCCACUGCAGCCCAACACAAGGCCAUUCUGCUGGAAUCUUCUACCAGGGGCAUAUUUUUCAUGGGUCUGGAUUGGGUGUGUGGGCUGCAAGAAAUACAGGAUAUGAUAAUGGAUGGAGAGCAGGACCUUCCACUUUGCAAAAUCGAAAACAAAACAUUGUAGUUUCUCAGCUACGGACAGGCGAUCAUGGAAAUUGGAGAGCCAGAUUAGGAUGGGAAGAAGUUCCACCAUCCUCUGAGGAUACCUUGGCAGAUAUCCUGGGCCAAUGUCUAAACACCUGAAAGCGUCAAGGAGCAGUUUUGAUUUUAUAGGAAAAACACAAAGCCGCUGGAAAUAAUGCCCAACACGAUCUCCUCCUCAGAUUCUUCUUAUUAACAUAGGUGACCAAAUGGGUCAAAUUCUGGGUGAAGUUUCCUGCUGGCCAGCUUAGAAAAAUAACCAACCCAGAUUGACAGCAGGACACCAGAGUCAACCAGGGUGAGAUGCAGAGAGAACUGGAUUAACGUGACAAUUAUAUACGCCAAGUGUUUUUUUUUUCUUCUUCUUUUAUUCUGAAUAACUAUGGUUAGAAUAUGGAUUGUUGGAAGCUCCCAGGUACGGUUUAUAUUAUGCAAUUGCUCUGCUCUAAAACAAGAUUCCUAUGCAGGGAGAGGGGAAUAAGACAGCUAACUAUUUCCAUUUCUACGUCUGCCAGUUUUCCUUUUCCAUUUUUUUCUGGUUUUCUGUUGCCAUAAAAAUAGCAAUCAAGAAGGAAAAACGGAAGAACGAAGAGAGUUUUUGGAGAUGAUAACGAAGAUAUUUUUUUUUCCCCAGCGGGUUCAUAUAUGUUGACUUGGUUUUGUGGAUUGUGUGAUGGAUGUCUAGAAAGAGAGCGGAGGCAGAGGGAAUUUUUCUAGAUGUGUUCUAGAUCUCAGUCUUAUUUUCCGGGAUAUAGAAAGAGGCCGGCAGAAGAUCUGAUGAUGUCGCCCUGGCUGGGUUUACUCAUCGGAUUAGGCCCUAGGUUAAAAUGGGAUGAAAUACAGGGAGUCUUAGACUUACGACGACCAUAAUUGAGCCCAAAAUUGAUGUUACUAAGCAGGACAAGUGUUGAGUGAAUUUUGUCCCAUUUUACGACCGUUCUUGCCACAGUUGUUAGGCGAAUCACUGCACGUGUUAAAUUAAUAACACGUGUACUUGUUAAGUGAAUCUGGCUUCCCCGUUGACAUUGCUUCUCAGAUCACAAAAGAGGACCCCAGGGAAGACUGCAACUGUCCUAAACAGAAGUCAGUUGCCAAGCAUCUUUUAAUUUUGAUCGUGUGACCAUGAAGAUGUUGCAAUGGUCAUAUGUGUGAAAAACGGUCGUAAGCCACUUUUUUCAGUGCCUUUGUAACUUCCAAGGGUCGCUAAAUGAACUGUUGUUAAGUUGAGGAUUACCUGUAUUUUGCAAUUCAGACAUCCCAUCAAACCAGAGUUUGGUUGAGCCAUUUGGGCAGAGGUGGCUUGCUUGUGUUAUCCAGGUUUGAGGUUUCAUGGGGGGGAGGGGCGACAUUCAGCCUGCGUGUAAUGGUCACCUCCACUUCUGGCCUCUAAAACUCUGAAUGCCUUGGGACUGUUUGGAUUGUGAUGGAUAGAAGAAAAGCAGAAAAUAACUUGCAAAUGAGAAAUGCAGAAGGUGGUAUUGUGUGCAAAGCACACUCCCGUCUCUGCAAAGUCGGGUGUGAAAGUCGGUAGGUUGUGUUGUUUUUUUUUAAAGAAUGGACCAACUCAUGGAGUCCUUUCGGGAGUUCCUACCUGGCUUCUGACUGCACAAUGAUUCAACUCCAUAGGAUCUUUUCUAAGGCUGAAGCUUUCCAUUUGAUCUAUUUUCAUGCCAGCAGAGACCGAGAGAUUCCCAGUGUACUAACAACGACGUAAAACUAUAAAACAAGCGAUGGUCUCGGCUGAUUCCGUCCUCCAAGGACUGAAGACCAAAGCAUGAAAGGACACGGUUGACGUUAAGCAUGGAAAACCAAUGUCCUGGGGAAGGGGGAAUCCUCUUUUUGGGGGGACACGUACCCAGAGCUGCUUCUUCAGCACCAGAGAAGAUUCAAUUGCUCUUUUCCAUAGAUCUUUCUUCCAGAACAGGUAACUGCUGUGUCUGCAGGCAGAACAGUGAAGACUCUCUCCCCCAACACACACACUCACUCUUUUGGCCUCUGCCAUGUGAGAUCCCUCUCCAGAAAUAUCCUUUCUUUGGGUUACAGCUUGUAAUCAAUUUGAUCACCCCGGUUAAUCCUCUUGGGGAAGCCAUGACACCCAGUUUCGCUGGUUAGCAAUGGUUGGGCACAAUCGACUUGAGUAGCUAAUCUGGAUUUCUUCCAGAUGGAGCUGGCUGGAUUAAAUCAAGAAGCCAGCAGGGAUGAAUGGGAACUCCAGAAAAAUAGCUUUGUCAGGUUGUGUCGACAGCAGAGCGAGAUCCUCAGCGGAGGUAAAGUCAGAUCGGUGGUCACAAACUCUUGUGAUCAAAGCUUUACCUAUUUAAAAAAAGGUUGGGACUUCCAUUGCAUGGCCCCCAUCUUGACUUUGGCCCCUCCCCACGGAUAGCCUCUCUUCAGAUUGCGCUCAGAAAUAUUAUUACUGUAGUCGUAUCAUAUAAAAAUAGAUUUUACCCCUUAUAGUUGAUCCAUGGUGCCUCAAAAUGUGCCAAAACAACUUUGAAAAACAACCCCAGCAUUUUCUCUCUCUUUUUUUUAAUUGCUAACUGCACGGGGACAACUUGAGAGGGAGUGCAAUUUUAAAUAGCAUCUGGUUUUAUUAAAAGUUUUCGUCUUCCCAAUUCUAGGCUCAAAAAGAAUAUAAAUUCCUAGGGCAACAGGGAAAGAGUACGAAAUAAUAAUAAUAAAAAAAAUGGUAAAUCCAGACAAAGAAGCUACGCAAAAUACAAAUAGGCACGAGUCCUGUGCACAAGUGAAAAGCGAAAUUCCAAACCUGUGGUGUAUAUAUUAUUAUUUGUGUGCUUGCCAUAUUUUCAAUGGAAGCAUCUCCUAUUCAUUGUGGAUAAAAGAUCUUGGGUUUUUUUUUUUUUUUCCACAUUGUAGUAAGUUAUUAUAAAAAGCCGAUGAUAUUUCAUGGCCUAUUAUUGUAUCAAGCUGUGCUUGUUUUCGUUUUUUUUUUUCUCUUUAUGGUUGUAUUGCUUUUAUUGAUGUAUAAAUAGUGUCUGUAAAUGACAAGCACCUCCUUUACAAAGCAUUAAUUGUGAUCACCGGCCA